CUUCAUAUCAUCAUUUCCCCCCUAUAUAAACAUCCCUUAUACAUUGAUAUUUUCAUUACCAUCUCAAAACCAACUCUCUCUAACUAUCUAGCAAUUCCAACUUCAAGAAAAAUCACAAAAUUUAAACAAACCCUAAAAAUUUCAAUUUUUCCAUAUAAAAAAAUUAAAUAUGGAUCGUGUAGUGAAGGUGGCAUCACAAAAGGCAGUGGUGAUAUUCAGCAAGAGUACAUGUUGCAUGUGCCAUGCAAUUAAGAGGUUGUUUUACGAACAAGGUGUUAGCCCUAUGAUUUAUGAGCUUGAUGAAGAUAUCAAUGGUCGUGAAAUGGAGAGAUCUCUUCUCAGGUUAGGCUGUAGCCCGGCCGUUCCGGCCGUGUUUAUUGGUGGUAGAUUUGUGGGAUCAGCCAACACUGUUAUGACUCUUCAUAUCAAUGGUUCACUCAAAAAGAUGCUUAAAGAUGCAGGAGCUCUCUGGCUUUAGUAAUGAAAGAGGCUUUACUAAUAUUGACUCUUUUUUUUUUUUGGGUUCUAACUUUUGUACUUUAUGUCAAUCUUCCCAGCUUUCAUGGCUCUUUAUAUUAGGCCAUGAUCUUCAUGGGAAAUGCCGAAUGUUGAAUGUAAUUUCUGUUUAAAAUGGAAAUGCAACAAUGUUUAUAUAUGCUAUCA